AUGUAAGCUAUCCUACUCCCUCACCGCUGCUUGUCCCUCCCUGCAACCUUGCCUCAAAUAAACAGAGACAUACCUUUUGACUCUCUCUUAAAUCUAGGCUUCAUUGUUUCCUAUAAAGGUCACUUCUUUUAAGAGAAACACCCUUCUCUCUCCACUGGGUCUCCUCUGAAUGAAACAGAGUUUGUGUGGGUUGGGUUCAUUUUGUUUUAACCACGCACAAUGAAAUACAUGAGAACCAACAGCCUCAAACGGCUUUUCUCGAGGAAACGGCUCAGUUUUGGAGAUGAAUUUGCAAAUCCGAGCACCUCCAUUGAAGAAGGAGACCACCAUUCUGAAAGACCCACUUGGAAAUGCUUCUCCUUUGAAGAAAUCUUUGAUGCCACAAAUGGGUUUCGUCCAGAGAACUUGGUGGGAAAAGGAGGCUAUGCGGAGGUGUACAGGGGAUUGUUGAGUGAUGGAGAAGAAAUUGCAGUGAAGAGACUCACAAAAGCUUCAUCUACCACUGAUGAGAGGAAAGAGAAGGAUUUCUUGAUGGAAAUUGGAACAAUUGGUCAUGUUUGUCACCCAAAUGUUUUGUCUCUGCUUGGCUGUUGCAUUGACAAUGGACUUUAUCUGAUUUUCAGCUUCUCUUCUAGAGGCACUGUUGCUUCCCUUCUCCAUGAUGAUAAGUUCCCGGUUGUGGAUUGGAAAAUAAGGUACAAGAUUGCAAUUGGGACUGCCGGAGGCCUCCAUUACUUGCACAAAGUCUGUCAAAGAAGAAUAAUCCACCGAGACAUCAAGUCUUCAAACAUUCUUCUAACUGGAGAUUUUGAACCGCAGAUAUCCGAUUUUGGGCUCGCAAAGUGGCUGCCCUCUCAAUGGACUCACCAUUCAAUCGCUCCCAUUGAAGGAACAUUUGGCCAUUUAGCACCAGAGUACUUCAUGCAUGGAAUUGUGGAUGAGAAGACCGAUGUUUUCGCUUUCGGUGUCUUCCUACUAGAGAUCAUCUCAGGCCGAAAACCGGUCGAUGGUACUCACCAAAGCUUGCACAGCUGGGCAAAGCCAGUGUUGAAACAAGGGGAUGUGGAAAAGCUGGCAGAUCCAAGGCUUGGAGGGGCCUAUGAUGUUAACCAAUUUAAAAGACUUGCCAUUGCAGCCUCUCUCUGCAUCCGACAGUCUUCGGUUUGGCGCCCUACCAUGAGCGAGGUAUUGGAGAUAAUGCUAGAAGGGAUGGUUGAUGAACAAAGAUGGAAAAUACCGGCCGAAGAGGAAGAAGAGAAUGAAGAAUUCUGGGGUUUUGAAGAUUUAGAAUAUGAUGAUGAAGAUGAUGACUGUGACUCUAAUUCAUCCUCAAUUACCUCCCCUGAAGAUUCAAUUCUCUCUGCAACAAGCUCCUGGCCUCAAAUAGUUAAUUAGUGGAAUACCACUUUUGUCCACAUAAUGUAAAUACAAACAUAUGAUGCAAUAUAGAGAGUGAAGUAUUGUUGUAACUAAACACCCCCCAUUUGGCUCUCUUAUUAAUAUUAAUCACUGUCCAUAUGAGA